UAGUCACCCUGCUGUGUUCAAGGUCUUCAGCUUUGUUUGUUUGCCUGGUUUUGAACUCUUCUUUGGACUGGAUCUUGCUGUCUUCCAUGACCACCCCGCUCUGUCUGACCCAAGAACAUCCAGCUGUUUCUCACUCAAGAAGGCUGCUGUUGCUGAUACAGGCAGUAGAAGAAGGAUGGUCUGCAGCCAUACCAGAGAGCAGAAGACAUGAAAAAUUAUGAAUUGCGCCUGGGCUCCGGACCGAAGACACACAGGCAGCAGGCAGGCAGGCUUGCUGGUUGGCACGACGCGGCACGGACCAGAGCGGAUUCGGGAUGCGAACUGAUGACGGUGGAUCAUGAGAGAAAGUGGAGCCGGAUGCACUGAGCCGUAGAGAGAAGACAGCGCGCCUCAAAAUGAAGACCCUCAUGAUAAAGCGCCAUGGGUUCACCGUGCUGCUCGUGCUGCUCACGUUCGCCAGCUUUUUCUUCGUGUACAACAACCCGCGCUUCACCCACGCUGCAAGAGACGCUAACGACACACUCGUCGGACAGCAGGAACAUCUGCGGCAGCCCACUGAAGCUCCCGCCAGAGUGGCCAAGCCUCACCCCCCGGCCCUCGAGGGAUACGUCGGCAUCAUCGACCAUAAGCCUCUCAGGAUGCACUGUGAGACCUGCUCCCUGGUGACCAGCUCAGGCCACCUCCUCGGAGCCGGUCAGGGUGAAGAAAUCGACCAGGCUGAGUGCGUCAUCCGCAUGAACGAUGCCCCCAACGGCAAAGGCUACGCUCAAGACGUGGGCCGCCGCACCUCCCUGCGCGUCAUCGCUCACUCCAGCAUGCAGAGGGUCCUGAAGAACCGCCAGGAGCUGCUCAACACCAGCCAGGACACUGUAUUCAUCUUCUGGGGCCCCAGCAUGUACAUGAGGCGGGACGGAAAAGGCCUGAUCUAUAACAACUUGAAGCUGAUGAACCAGGUGCUGCCUACACUGAGAGUCUACAUCAUCUCUCUGCAGAAGAUGUUGCAGUUUGACGAGCUCUUCAAGAAGGAGACGGGGAAGGACAGGAGGAUGUCAAAGUCAUGGCUGAGCACUGGCUGGUUCACUAUGACCAUCGCCCUGGAGCUGUGCGAUAGGAUCAAUGUCUACGGCAUGGUCGCCCCUGACUACUGCAGGGAGCAUCACCAACACCACGCUGUCCCUUACCACUACUACGAGCCGCGCGGGGCGGACGAGUGCGCCAUGUACAUCUCUCAUGAGCGUGGGCGGAAGGGCAGUCACCACCGCUUCAUCACGGAGAAGCGGGUCUUUGCAGACUGGGCCCGGACUUUUAACAUCCACUUUUACCAACCAGAAUGGACCCCCAAGCCUCUCCCAGCCAACUUGACACUGGAAGGGACAGUUUCACCUGCAAACAAGAAGACGUGACCAGUGUAUGGGUGAAGGAUGUACUUUUAUAAAAGGGAACUAAUCAAGGGCAACUUUUUGUGGGGCUGCUGGACCCUGAACAGAACGGAUAGAACGGGAAGGACAGGAUAACCUCAAAAGAAGACUGGGUUUUGUUGAUUCUGCAGGACUUUUGUUGUAAACAGAGUUCCACAGCUGCAGCUCCAGCAGUGUGUUUAUCUCCACAGAGGUGAAGCAGUUCAAAGUUGUACAUCUAUUUUUUGAAAAGCCUUGUGAAGUGAGGUUAUACAAGGAAACAUCAUUCACACUCUCAAUGCAUGCAUGCACUGCAGAUCCUCCUCAUCUUUGUGCAAACACACUGUGUGGGUGUGUAUGUAGUGUAUGCAUACUGGUAGAUAUAUGCAUACACACACGCACAGGAAGGGAUCACAGAGGAUACAACCCUCAGUCUGGGUCUACACAAAGCCUCUCUUGGUCAGAGUAAUAUGCAGGCUUCACUGCUUACAGUUCAGUAAAAUAAAAUACCCUCACAAUGCCCGUAAUCUAACUAUGUAGAGCUGCAGACAGUGUAAGAUGAAUACUAAUAAAAGUGAAGCUUCGCUUAAAUUUGGCUGUUUGAAAGUGAGAAUUAUCCCUGUUCAGGCGUUUUAUUCUCCUGCUGCUUUCAGAGAUUGAAGAGGUCAAGUUGGAUGAGAUCCUUCAGACCCCUGCAGGCCUUUAAAGCAGAUAUUCACUUCCUUGUCUUUUUUCUUGUGCUGCCUUUCAGAUGUGUGUAGUUGUGUGCUCUCUAAAGUUACACACAGAAGUCAAACUUUUGCAGUGCAGACCUUCCUGCUUGAAUGACGGGAGCGUAACCUCACAGGAGGUUUAAUCCUGGCCCUGCACGGAUGUAUCAUAAGGCUUUUUCGGCGCCUGUCACCAGUUAAUAGUGCGAUUUAUACAGCUACAAGUCGGAUUUCCAUGUAAAUGCACAGCUAAGUCACAAAAGACAAGUGGGAGAUUAAGAUGGAGAGCAGGGAUGCAGCAGCAGCAUCCAUCCUGCUAUAUUCACCCGCUGCUGCUGUGAGCCUGAAUCACCUCGCACAGGAAUUACACUCUUUUUUUUACUUUAGUUAAACUGAUGAGUAUGUGAUCUGUCACUCUUCUCCUCUCCAGCUCUCGAUUGUGUUUUAUGUGCACUCUCCGCUCAUUUCAUGUAGUGUGAGCUACUUGUAACCCGCCCCGUCCUCUCUCGGAGAUCCUCAUUUUCUCCUCCAUGAAUAAGAAUCAGGUCUGGAGCAAAGUGAUGCCACAUGUGGUUAUCUUAAUGAUACAUCCUGCUGCUAAGUCCUUAUUGAUUUGCCCUCAUCUCUGUAAUGUGAGUAGUGAGAGGGGAGAUGCCACGGGUCAGACACAUAGGUUCACACACGUGCAUGUGAUUUACGUCAUGCAUCAUAAAAAAAGCAGGAGAGAAGCUGCUGUUUUGUUCUGUUCUGUUUUGUUCUGUUCUGUUCUGUUCUGUUCUGUUCAGCAAGCUCUGACAUAUUGGUUUGAUUCCUCUGGGUUUGUCUUAGUUUGAACGGGUGUGCACAAUGAUCUUAAGCUGGGAACUGACAAGCUUUUAGAAAAUCUUUGGCCUUUGCCUAAUUAACUGAAUCGCAGGAUUUUGUUUUUGGUUGCAGAUAUUGAUUUGUUAUUAUUUCUUUUAUUUUUUUAUCGAUAGAAAGUCCGAAAAUGGUAACAAUAAAACCCCACUCUGACAUGUUCAGAGUGCUGCUUCUACACGCAACAGCAUGAUUCUUAAAGAUCUUCACUUAGGAGUAAAUCUUCACACAGGACAAGGAGGAAUGUUUGAAAAAUCUGCUUCAUAAAUAACUUGAAGGAAAUUUCAACAUUUAGUUUAACUUAAAACAUAAAUGUAAAAAACAGGAUUCUUCACCUAGAUAAUAUGCUUGACUCAAAUUGCCCUGGUCCAAACCAUGAGGUAUUCCGACAAGCAUCCUUUUUUUCAUUGAUUUGAGUUUUUUAUUGAUAAAAAUGUUUCAAUAAAGCUCUUGUGGGGAGCUUUGAUUUGCUGUAAUUUUUCCCCUAAUCUGUCAAAACUUGGGGUACAGUGAAGAGCAACAAGUUAGAGCAUCAUAUCUGAGCUGGUGUAAAGAAGGGUACCUCUGUAAGAUGGAAGUAUGGCUUUAUAAAUAAAGAUAUAACAGUGUACUAAGUAUGUCCAGCCCACUUAAUCAUAGAGGAUGCAACUGUGAGUGAGGGAUUUUGUGUCAGUAAUAAAGUGAAGAGAUGCAUGAUGCACUGAACUGAGGGUCUGUAGAGUGGAUGAAGAUGCAUACACAUACAGUAUAUCACUGUAAUCAAUCACUGACAGACAUGUAGCCUCCACUAGUUUUUUCUUUGCAUUGAAAGCAAGGCAGGACUUACUUUCAAAUAAAAGCCAAUCUUCACUCUGAGCUUUUAACUAGAUGUGUGAUGUUUACAUUAAACAUGUACUUCAAAUGAAAGGUUGGUGUCUAUCCAUAUUCCUAAGUACUUACAGGAGGUCACAUCUUCAAGAUUUACCUUCAGCAAAUGUUCAAAUCAUCUGGCUGUUGCACAUCAGCUUUUUGAAGAGACCAUGAACUUUGUUUGUUGAGCAUUCAAAGCUAACUCAGUGGAGCUGCGUGGAAAGACUGAGACAUUACAAACAGCUCCUGAGUUUAAAGCUACUUUUAAAUGCUGAAAAAAAUAAAUAAAUCAUGGUCUCAUCAGAAGGUUGAGGUUGAGAUUCAGGUAGAUGGACUCUUCACCUGAUUGGGCUAACUGCUUCUUUUUUUUAAGCUUUUUUCCCACCUCUAUUUGGAGGAUGGGAUGAUGGGUAGAGUAGGAAACUGAGAAGAGAGACUGGAGAAUGACACGGGGCAAAGGGAUGCAGGUCGAGUUGAACCAGGUUGCCUGUGCAGGGGACUGUAGCCUCUGUACAUGGGGCCUGUGCAGACAUGAAUACUGAUCUAACUUCAAAGCGUAGGUACUGAUACAAAUAUUAGAAAAUAAAAGCAGCAGUGUUUGAUCACUGAGCUGUAUGAGUCACCGUCUGAAAGAGACCGGGAUCACUCUUUAACAGUUGAACAGAGUUCAACCUUCCUCUCUUAACUUUAUAAAACAAAUUGUCACAACUUUGCAAAAAGUACACAAAGCCUUAGGACUUGUUUGCAUAGCAGGAGUGUAAAAUCUCUAAACUGGUAUCAAUCUGACUGGCGACACUUGGCGAGGAAGGAAGCUUCCCAGAAUGAGGACCUUUUCCUUUAAGCGACCAUCAGUUGUUGCCAAUAACUUUUAUGUUGACCAAUGAACGACCAAAACCACCCGUGCUUCAAUGAUUAUAGUUUUCUAUUCUUUAGUCUUUGCACAUGAUGGAAAUGUAUAAGUCAAGUCAAUAAAAUACUUUUUAUCAGUA